CAACGCAGCGCGGGAGAUUCAGCAGACGGGGAUCAACACUGAAUAGACUCCCGGCAGAGUUGUAAGUGGCCACAACACAUUCAUCGGGUAGUUUGUCAAAAUGCCAUGUGAAAGGAAGCCUAUGCGCUACGGGCAUUCAGAGGGACACACCGAAGUCUGCUUCGAUGACUCUGGGAAUUUCAUAGUGACCUGUGGAAACGAUGGAGAUGUUCGGAUAUGGGAGAAUCUGGACGAUGAUGAUCCAAGGUUCAUCACUGUUGGCGAAAAAGCUUAUUCUCUGGCAGUAAAGAAUGGCAAACUCGUGACGGCAAGCUCCAAUAACACAGUGCAGAUUCACACGUUUCCUGAUGGUGAGCCGGAUGGCAUCCUUACCCGGUUCACGACCAACGCCACACAUGUCACAUUCAACACCUGUGGAUCCAAAGUUGCUGCUGGCUCCAGUGACUUCUUGGUUAAAGUGGUGGAAGUGUCAGACAGCAGCCAACAAAAAACCCUGCGGGGCCAUGAAGCCCCUGUGCUCAGUGUCACCUUUGACCCGAAAGGUGACUUUCUGGCGUCUGCCAGCUGUGAUGGCUCAGUCGUUGUGUGGAAUAUUGAGGAGCAGGCUCAGGUGAUCAGCUGGCCUUUGCUGCAGAAGACCAAUGAUGUCAGCAAUGCAAAAUCAUUGUGUCGCCUGGCUUGGCAACCUCACACAGCAAAGUUUUUGGCAGUUCCUGUGUAUACCAAGGUUUACCUGUAUGAGAGAGGGUCCUGGGAUCAUGUGAGCACGCUGUCUGAUGAUCUGCUGACUCAGCCCAUCAAUGUGGCAGCAUGGUCUCCAUGUGGGCACUUCCUGGCAGCUGCCAGCGUGGGGGGAUUCAUAACAGUGUGGGACAUAGAAAGCAAACUGUGUUUAGAGAGGCAGAAGCAUGAGAAGGGCUUCACGGUGUGCAGUUUAGCUUGGCACCCGUCAGGCAGUCAGAUCGCUUACACUGACAUUGAGGGCUGUCUGGGCCUGCUGGAGGGUUUCAACGCAUCCAUAUCUAAAACCACAACGCCCAAGGUGAAUGCAGAAAAGGAAGAGAGAGGCUAUGAAGAUCUAUUUGAUGAUGAUGACCAGGUCAUGGAUGAAGGAUGGCAUGAUAGACACUCCCCUACUAAGAAAGCAGUCAGUGGGGUCAAUGAAUAUGAGGAUGACGACGACGAUUUCGUCAUACCUGCAACAGGGCGGGCGAAGCACAGAGGCACUCUCCUGGAUGAUGAAAAUUCGCUUGAUUCAGGCUCGCUAAAGCUUGGUCCUGACAAUGCCGUGAUGACUGCAUCACCUCUGCCUGCGACAUUGCGGCCUGUUUAUGAAGGGCCACAACCAACGCCACCCCAGAAAGCUUUUCAACCAGGCUCCACCUCUAUCCAUCUUACUCACCGCUUCAUGAUGUGGAACUCUGUGGGGACAGUGCGAGGCUACAAUGAUGAGCAGGACAAUGCCAUAGACGUGGAGUUUCACGACACAGCUGUACACCACGCCAUGCACCUCACUAACUCGCUGGGCCACACCAUGACUGAUGUUUCCCAGGAGGCCGUGCUACUGGCCUGCCCCAGCGCAGAUGAGCUUGCAAGUAAAAUACACUGCCUUCACUUCUCGUCAUGGGACACCAACAAGGAGUGGAUGGUUGACUUGCCUAAGGGUGAGGACGCAAGGGCAUUGUGUCUUGGUCAAGGCUGGGCGGCAGUCGCCACCAGCGCACUCAUGGUCAGGCUUUUCUCUAUCGGAGGAGUUCAGAGGGAAAUCUUCAGUCUGCCGGGAGCUGUGGUUUGCAUGGCGGGACACGGAGAGCAGUUGCUCAUCGUGUACCACAGAGGGACAAGUUUUGAUGGGGAGCAGGCACUGGGCGUGCAGCUACUGCAGUUUGGUCGAAAACGGAGGCAAAUCAUCAAUGGCGAACCUCUCCCAAUCUCUCACAAAUCCUACCUAUGCUGGCUCGGAUUUACCGCUGAGGGUACCCCAUGUUACGUGGACUCUGAAGGGGUGGUGCGAAUGCUGAACCGCUCCUUGGGCUUCACUUGGACACCAGUUUGCAAUACCAGAGAAACGUGCAAAAGCAAAUCAGACCACUACUGGGUAGUUGGGGUGCAUGAGAACCCUCAACAACUCAGGUGUAUACCAUGUAAAGGCUCGAGGUAUCCACCGACCCUGCCCAGACCUGCUGUGGCUAUCCUGCCAUUCAAAUUGCCCCUAUGUCAGACGACCACUGAGAAAGGACAGAUGGAGGAACAGUUCUGGCGUUCAGUGCUCUUCCACAACCACUACAGCUUCCUAUCCUCUAGCGGCUAUGAAAUAGAUGAGGUGGGACAAAGUCAGUCGCAGAAAGAACAGCAGGAGCUGCUGAUGAAGAUGUUUGCAUUGUCAUGUAAGCUGGAAAGAGAGUUUCGCUGCGUUGAGUUGGCGGAACUAAUGACUCAAAACGUGGUGACGCUGGCCAUUCGAUACGCUUCAAGGUCAAGACGCAUGGCUCUCGCACAACGGCUCAGUGAGAUUGCGCUGGAAAAAGCUGGUCAGAUUCAUAAUGAACAGGAGGAGGAGAUGGAGCACUGUGACAUCAGGCGUACUUCAUCGGGUUAUGACCACACUGAGGGCAAAGAAAAACAUCACCGCAGACAGACACUGGAGGACGAGCCAGGCCAAGAGCUUGAAGAGGAAGAGGACCAACAGGAAAUGGAGUCUCAAGAUGGAAUAGAAGCCCCAAAACGUCUAAACCUGUUUGCCAAAGUUCCAGGAUCGCCUUUAAAGCAAGCAGCCCCGCUCUCUAGCAAAGGUGGACGUUCCAACCCUUUCAAGGUUCUCGGUUCGUGGAAGUCCUCUCCUGUGUCUUGUCAGCCUCGAGUGGCAAACAUCCUUGACAACAUGACGUCUAGCAGGAAGUCUGCGCCACUAAGUGCAUCUGUAAAGAAGUCAAACAAAACCCCUGUCCUCAAACCACUCCCCCCUCGAGCAAAGACAAAGGCUCAGUCCACUCUCCUGCAGAUGUGUAAUGCAAAGGCAGUCAUAAAGAAGACUCAGGAAAAUAUUGAGGCCAUAGAUGAUCAACGCAAGCAAGCAGAUCUCUCAACUGCUCCCUCACUAGCAGACAACUCCGAAGCUAAGAGAUCAAAAACGGGCUUCGAGGUGUGGUUGGAAGAGAACAGGAAGAACAUCAUAGUGGACCACCCUGACCUGGAGGAGAUGGACAUCAUCAGAGAGGCAAUGGGGCUCUUCAGGAAUCUUUCAGCAGAUGAGCGACUGGCAUGGACUGAGCAAGCAAAAGGCCCAGCUGGUGACGUGAUGGAUCUGAAGAAGAGAAAACGAACCAAAGCAGGUGGAGGUGUAGAAAAUGAAAUUGGUCAGGCAGAAGCAGAUGAAAACAAUGCCAAGAAGAAAAAAGUGGUGGAUCCUUCUAAGCUUUCAGCAUUUGCUUUUCAGAAGAACUAAAGUUAGUAGGGUCUUAUUUUGAUAUGAAACUGCAUUUGGUCCUCACUGUGUGUUGAUGUCCAAUUUCUUAAGGCUCAAGUACACGCAUUGGCUCGCACUGAGUGUACGUUUCCUUUUUUUAUGUUUACUGUGCUCUGAAGUGUCCAAGUUGUUUCAUUGAUUCAAUAAACAAUGACUGUAA